CCUGAUUCUUGUUCUAGAAGUCACGGGAAGAACCGUAGUAGCUCAUCGAACAUUCUGAUAUGUUCUUUUAUCUGUCAAUAAAUCCCAUCUUCUGUGCAUUCUCAAACUCAAACCAAUUUAUCUUCUAGUUCUGGUGACCACGUUUUCCGAUUGUAGUACUAUUCAGUAACCUGCAAAUCUCUCAUUCCAUAUCAUCGCCGGCGUUUAUCGAAGAUGAGCACGGUUGUGGACGCGAUAUCUCAACUCCUCAACAUCCCCGGAGCACUCGACAGAAUGAUAUCGCAGGAGGGCGGCGAGAACAGGGGAGCGGGCAACAUUCCGGCCGACAUUCUCGAAACCCCGAAGGAAUACAUUUUCCACCUCGAUGUUCCCGGCUUAUCCAAAUCUGACAUUCAGGUGGCCGUGGAAGGUGAAAACACGCUGGUGGUAAAAAGCAGCGGAAAAAGGAAGCGAGGGGAUGGGAGUGAGGAAGAAGGAUGCAAGUAUCUGAGGCUGGAGAGGAAGAAGACUCCGCAGAAGGUGAUGAGGAAGUUCAGGUUGCCGGAGAAUUGCAACGUGUCGGCCAUCACCGCGAAGUGCGAGAACGGGGUGUUGACGGUGGUGGUGGAGAAGCUUCCUCCUCAGCCCAAGUCCAAGACGAUUGAGGUUUCAAUUUCCUGAGUAGGCUGCUAGUUAGUUUUGUUCCUGUUUCGCUGCAGAUGGAAAUUACUAAGAUGGAUCAGCAAAUUUGUCUCUGUUUCAGUUCCAGUGUUACAGAUUUUGUGGAAGCUAAGAUAAUAAUGAGUAGUAUGUUGGUUGGCUCAAUAGUCCUCCAAAAGUCCUUUCUUCUCCUUUACGAUUUAAGAUCCGCUUGUUUCCACAGCAAUUUAAGUUUUUUUCAGAUUCAGUGUGGUGGAUAUCAUUUUGGAACGACUGUUUUUUGAGAAACUGGUCCGGGUUGAUCCCGGAUAAGCUUUGACUUUUGAGAAGCUGAAAUUCUUAUUUUGAAGAAUAUUCAAAUUAGGAGUUCUGGAAUAUGAAAUUGAAAACGAAUUUGAGAUUGGUGAAGUAGAGGGACCGGAAGAUAGCCAUCGACAUCACCAACAAAAUUAAACGAAAUGUAUAAAGAACGAUUCAAAUUGACUUCACACGUAUUAGAAAAU